AUGAUAAGAUACUUGGAAAAAGUCCGUCAAGAAGUACAACAGCUGACUAGCUUCGAAAUACAACAUAUACCGCGGUCUGAAAACAGCAAGGCAGACGCCUUAUCCAAGUUUGCCAGCUCUGCGUCUUGCGACACACUGCGUCAUGUAUUUUGGGAGGUAAAGCAGACCAGGAGCAUUGAUGUCUUGACAACGACCAUCCUAGACCCGAUGGCCACCUGGAUGGACGAUAUAGUCAAUUUCAAAAUGAAUGGGGUACUCCCUGAAGAUCCCAAGCAGGCAGAAAGGUUGCAAAAGAAAUGCACCUGGUUCGAGAUACGGAAUGGGACUUUAUACAAAAAAGCCUUCUCACAGCCUCUUCUCCGCUGCAUAACCCCAGAAAAGGGGCAAGAAGUACUAGAAGAUCUGCAUCAUGGACUAUGCAGCUCUCACAUAGGGGGGAGGGCCUUGGCAGAAAAAGCUCUAAGAAUUGGAUAUUAUUGGCCCACUCUCAAAAAAGACGCCCUUGACUUGGUUAAGCGAUGUGAUAAAUGUCAACGGUUUGCUCAUCUAAUUCGACGACCGGCUCAGAAACUAACACCCAUCACAAGCCCCAUACAAUUUGCCAAAUGGGGGAUGGACAUACUAGGUCCUUAUACGACGGCCCCAGGGGAACUGCGCUAUGUGAUAGUUGUUGUCGAUUAUUUCACCAAAUGGUUUAUUGUCUUUGAUAAUGGGCCACAAUUCAAGACACUCAAGUUAGAAAGCUGGUUAGCUGAUCAUGGCGUCACGGCAUGCUUUGCAUCAGUUAGCCGCCCUCAAGCAAACGGACAGGUGGAUGCAUUCAACAAAAUCAUAUCUGAAGGGAUGAAAAAGAAGCUUGAUGAAGCAAAAGGAUUGUGGGCCGACGAGUUACCCAACGUCUUAUGGUCUAUACGGACAACGGCGGGCUUGGAUUUCCUACCAGAAACCAGAGGGAACGCGGCUCUACGCCAGCAACUAUACAAACUCCGAAUGACUAGAGAGUACAACCAAAGGGUCUCUAGAAGAAUCUUAAAGGUUGGAGAUUUUGUGCUAAGGAAGAUGGAAGCCGUUGGACGCGCUAACGAACAAGGGAAACUCACCCCUACCUGGGAAGGUCCAUACGAGAUCUAUGAGGAAGUUCGAGACGGAACCUACCGGAUCCAAGACAUGCAGGGGCGUCUGAGUUUACGUACCUGGAAUGCGGACAACCUGAAGAAUUUUUUUUUCUAA